CUCACGCUCUCGGGCGGCUGGUUGGUGGAGAAGGGCUUGCGAAGCCCCGCCCAGUUUCGCUGCCUGGUCCCUCCUACUCUGUGGCAAAAGGAGGGGCGAAUUCGGAAAUAGUUGCGAAGUGUUUGUUGAGGAAAGUAACGAGAGAUUUUUGCAAUUUUAUAUCUGCAUUUAUCUGUCUAUUGCACGCGUCGAGCUCAAAUGCAUUGGUUCCCUUCUGGGGGAAGCCUGCAUAGGACUCCGGAACAGAUCGGGAUCCGCUUUCGGUUUCUCCUCCUUAGUAUAACGGGGACCUGGCAGAAAAGCAGUCGGGACAGUUUGCUGGAGAUCGUCGAAGGGAAAGGAAAAACCCACCGACGGCGGUGGGCAUCUCCUGGAAUUAACUGCUGCCCCCCCGCCGCCGCAAGCUUCAUCAUGGCCCAGGGCAGUCCGGCACCCGGCCUCAUGUCGCCUCCUCCUCUGGCGGUCGGCGGCCCCAGUUCCACUAUGGUCAGUCUCAAGAGCCUCCUGCAAGGACCGGUCAAGAGUCCUGAACGCCGGGGGGCCAAGGAACUGGGCUCAUGUGUGAUCAAAGACAAGGAGCGUAAGAUGGAGGACGAUAUGAGCGUCUCAAGACCUGGGCACUGUGCAUAUCUGGGGUCCCUCCUGUGGGAACGCACCUUGCCCUACAAUGAGAUUGAAUACGUUGACUUGGAUGAAUUUUUGCUGGAAAAUGGUUUGCCCCCAAGUCCAGCCCAUCAGUCAUAUUCCCCAGGCAGCCAGCCCACCGCCUCGCCUUCCAGCGGGGUAGUGGUGGAUCUUAGUCGGCCAGCUUCUUGCGCGUCAUCGUCUUCGAUCUGUUCUUCAUCUGGUGAAGGUCUGGUAGGCAGUGAUUAUGACCAAAACUGCAGCAAAACAGGUCCUAUCACUCCAGUGUCCCGAAGCACACCCAGCCCGGUAGACCCUGAGACUGUGGAGGUCCUCAUGAACUUUGACCCUGACCCUGCUGAUUUGGCACUGUCCAGCAUUCCAGGCCACGAGACCUUUGACCCUCGCAAGCAUCGGUUCUCAGAAGAGGAGCUUAAACCCCAGCCCAUCAUGAAAAAGGCCCGGAAAAUACAGGUUCCUGAUGAACAGAAGGAUGAAAAAUAUUGGAACAGGCGGUACAAGAACAAUGAGGCAGCAAAACGCUCAAGAGAUGCACGCCGCCUGAAAGAGAAUCAAAUCACAGUUCGGGCGGCUUUCUUGGAGAAGGAGAAUGCGGUCCUUCGCCAAGAAGUGGCCAAUAUCCGCCAGGAACUAACCCGCUACCGCAGCAUCCUCUCUAAAUAUGAAUCUCAGCACGGCACCUUGUAAAAUCCACAGCAGGGCGCUGUGCUCUUCUCCAAGAUCCCGCCGAGGUGGUAGGGCCACCCUGGUUUUUCAACCCAGACCCCCUGUCUUCCCGAACCGGGCAAACAAAUAAUCCAACAACAGAUGUUUGGAAUGAGGGAAAGGUCUGCAUUGAGCACUUUCCACCUGCAGGGACUAACCAUGGUUCUGGGUGCGCAAAGGAGAGUUCCUGGGUGGGCAUGGCCUGCCCCUCACCCAGAACAGGACAGCAGCCAAGAUGUUGAACUGGGCAUCGUAGAUACCUGGAAGACACAAGGGCUCUGUAGCACGUUGGAAGAUGUAUUGCACACACAACACUUAACAUGUGCACGCACGUUCUCUCUACACCUGUAUCUUAGGGUUUGGCUUGUGGAUGAACUCUCGAUCCAAAAGGCAAUUCAGUCAGAGACCAUCACGCUGCAAACCACUGUCUGUGUGGCAUUUGGAUGGGACUUGGAUAUGGAUGACCAAGGAGCUCUUUAGGCAAAUCUCAGUGCCUAAGCUCGGUCACACACAAGUAGAUUUUUCAGCAGAUGAUUGCACACAGUUUAACCCUUUCUCAUUUCAUCCACUGACUCUGGAGUUGCGAUUAAGGGACAGGCAAACCGACUACAAAAGUGGAUGUGAUAUCCAGGUUUUCUGGGCUCAGCCCUACCCCAAUAAACCACUAUGACUUUACAUGCCCCUCUCGAGGAAGCCUCAAAAUCUUGGACACCCUGAAUGGAAAAAUCCUUUCUUCUGAGAUCAGUAAACAUCAGGACUCUUCUGUCUAUAGAAUGCCAAAUUAAAUCAAACGGGUCUCAUUUUAUUUUCACACUUGGCCGAAGGGGACUUUACAUCUGAUGGCAAAGCUAUGGGGUUUAGUUUAAUUGUUUCAAUUAUAUUAUUCUCUGUUUUUAGUUAAAAAAAGGCAAGUGACUGCAUCUGUUUCCUCCUAGCACUGCCCAGCGUAGUGUCAUGUGUACAGAAAUGAUAAAACACGAGACCUCAUUUGUGUCCCUUCUAAAUAUGAAAUCUAUAUAAAUACAUGCACACACAUUAUAUUAUAUGUAUAUGUGUAUGUAUGUGUACAUAUGUGUGUGUAUAUAUAUAUAUAUGUACAUAUACAUAUAUAUAUACAUGUAUAUAUAUAUAUACACACACGUACAUAUAUAUACACACACUAUAUAUAUAUGCACAUGUGUGUGUGUAUAUAUAAACUUUUGUUUCAUCACUUUUUUGUAAAAUAGACAAAAUGUGUGGUUGUAUGUGUGCGUGUAUAUACGUGUAUAUACACACAGCCACCUUCACUCCAGGCAAGACUUGUGAGAUUAUGCUCUUCUGUUAAGGGAAGGAGGGUUCUUUCGUACAGAAAGGAAAUGCUGGGCAAACAUGUUUAAAAUCUCCUUUGGAGAGAUUCCUAAUCUUUUUAAUUUUCCAUGUAACAGUGUUGUUAAGAACUUUUCGAGAGGGCUUUGAGGGCAGUUCCCCAACUCUCCCAAAAGAUGUUUACAAUUAUAUGCUACAAGCAAUGAGGAAUAAAGGAAGAUGGGAUUUUAAAAAAAA